UAUUCACACAAGUUGAAAUUGGGUGUUUCUUUUAGUGUUAUUACAUUUUUGCUGAAUUUGCUGUCAAAACUGCAUAUCUGCGCAUUUAACGAAAAUGAAGAAAGAUUUUACAUUAGUUAUAUUUUAACUAUACUAAUUCAGUCAAAUUAUAUAAAAUGUUUUUUGCAAAUAGAUAGUUGGCAUCACUUUCAUUUUCCACGUCAUCCACACUGUCAAAUUGGAUUUUACAAAGUUUUACAAUUUCAUCAACGUGCUGUUCACGUUCACUCCGUAUUUUACACCAAUUUAACUAUCAAUUUAGAUACUUGUGCAAUUUCUUUUAACAAAAAGAAACUUGUGUUUUGUUGACAAUUGUUUAUUAUAAAUAUCUGUAUUGUAUUUAUUGGUAAUUUGACAUUUUGAAAGUGACGGUGGCUGCUCACUGCCAGCGGAUACUAAGCCCGUUCGAUAAGAUAUUUUUGUGCUAUAACACCUGCCCUUCACUCGACUUAAGCAGCUGUUGCUUUAUAUUUGUCCAAAAUGAGUACAGGUGAAAAAUCUGCUAAUGAUUCUGGAAACAAUGCAAACAAACAGACAUCAAGUGAGGAAACGGAACAUGAUGCUUGUGUACUUUGUUGUAAGGAAGUGGAAAUUUACUCCAUUGGUGAAUGUGAUCAUCCAAUUUGUUAUGAGUGCUCCACACGUUUGCGUGUACUUUGCGAGCAGAAUGAGUGUCCCAUUUGUCGGCAAGUGUUGUCCAAAGUGAUUUUCUCCUUUGAUAAACUGCCGUAUCGUACACUCGAAUCCAAAAAUCGUUCAGGGUAUUAUAACAAGAAAUAUAAAAUCGGUUUUUACACAGCGAAAAUACAACAGGCGUAUUUUAAUUUAUUAGACCAUCCGUGCCCAAAAUGUAAUGUGCCACCCUUCCGAAGAUUUAAAGACCUUGAAUAUCAUGUGCGCAAAGAACACGACUUGCAUUUCUGUGACCUAUGCACGGAACAUUUGAAAAUAUUUACCUUCGAGCGGCGUUGCUACACACAAGCCGAACUAGGUUUACAUCGCACGAAAGGUGAUCGUGAUAACCGUUCACAUCGCGGACAUCCGCUUUGUGAGUUCUGUAAGAAGCGCUAUUUGGAUCGCGACGAACUGUUUCGUCACAAGCGUCGAGAACAUUACUUCUGCCACUUUUGUGAUGACGAGUCCAAUGACUUUUACAGGGAUUAUGAUGCUCUGGCUAAUCAUUUUCGAGCGCGUCACUUUCUUUGUGAGGAAGGCCGAUGUGCAACUGAACAAUUCAUUGGAGCAUUUCGCACUGAAAUCGACUAUAAGGCUCAUUUCGCCAGUGCUCAUGGUAGCACUUUGAACAAACAAGAAGCGAAGAAAACUCGCACAGUGCAAUUGGAAAUAACACUUGGGCGACCAGCACGGCCUGGACUGCCAGACGGUGGUAUCACCAAUGUUCGUUCGCGUGUCCCUGAUGACUACAAUGCACCCGCGGAUACUUCUACAUCUCAGACUGCACAGCAACGCUCCAUAACAAUUGACAGAAGUAAUGAAGAAGAUUUUCCGUCAUUGGCUGGCACUAGCGGCGGUCCCAGCAUGCCUCUGGUACCCGCAACUUUCAACCGAUUGCGAAGUGGCGCUUCCGGUUUAGCACGUACAAAAGAAAACUUUCCUGCACUGGGGGCCGGCGGCGGAGGAGAACAUAAUGAACAACGUACGAAUCAAGCAGCACCACCUAUAUCUACAGUUUUACGUAAAGCACCCGCAGUUUCGAGAGGCGGCAUCCGUCGUAGCUCUGGUGGUAAUGCAGAAUCUAAUGGCGCCACUGGUAUGGUACUUCAUGUCUCAAAUCGCCCAACAUCUAGUGUAAACCACAAUAGCGGAGCUGUGUCAAAGAAACCCCAUGCAUUGGAUUUCCCAGCUUUACCAGCGUCGGGUAAAUCGAAAAAGCAUCCCCUGCGUAAUCCCAUCGAUGAAGAUAUGUUUCCUUCCGGUGCACAUAUACCCUUAUCAAAUGUGUCGGCGAAACAUCGGCCACUCGUUGACGAUUACGUAUCGGUAGCAAACGCUAGUAAUUUUCAAAAGAUCCAAACCGUACAAAAAGAAGAGCUUGACGCCAAAAAUCGAAAAGUCUCCGAACAAGCCAGUGCACCAAAAUUGACAUCGCAAGAUUUUCCCUCGUUGGGUCUGGGCUCUUCAUCGAAAUCAAAUCACAUACAAGCGAAUAAUUGGGCGAAAGGUCAAAAGCAAUCCGAUAAAAGGCAACGCGAAUUAGAGAAUCGAAAAGCUAAAGUAGCACCAGCGCCGUUAUUAUUAAAAGAAAACACCAACAAACAAACCGUAAAUACAACGAACAAAAAACAAACACAGCCAUCAGCUACAAAUAACAAAAUAAGUACAAACACAACAGAAACAAGUGUAACCAAAAAAGAUAAGAAAUCGAAAGAUAAAAAAGAAAAAUCGAAUAGUGAUAAUAGCAAUCAACAGCAGAAGUUAAAUGGAAAAUCUAAAGAAAAAAACAACAAUACUAACAACAAUUCAUUGAAGCGCGAUCAAAGCUCUACCUCACCUACAUCAUCGGACAAUGGCAAUGACAACGACGGUAUGCCGCAAAUGCGUCCACCUCCUGGCUUCGCACAAUCAUCUGCAAACACACAACCACCACCAGGGUUUCAAUCAACCAACGUUACAGUAAAUUCUAUUGCCAAGUCACCCAACAACCUCACCUUUACAAGCUCGUUUGGCGAAAGAUAUAGCAUUGUGCGAACGCAUCCCUACAUUCAGCCAACAGAUGCCGUCACUCGCAAUCAGAAACUAGUUUCCCACUUUCAAGAUGCAUUAAAGACGCCCGAAGCUAUGGAAGAAUUUCGUUAUAUAUCGCAAAAAUUCAGAGAAGGCGUCUACAAAAUUCAGCCCUACUACGAGCAUUGUCAGGCGGCACUUAAAGAUAGAUUCGAUGACAUCUUCCCGGAGCUAUUAGCUCUACUGCCCGACAUUAAUAAACAGCAGGAACUAUAUCUGGUGCAUACGCAACGUUUGAAGACGCUUUCACCUGAACAACGCCAAAAAACGCAAAAAUUAGACGUGUGUUCGAUUUGCAAGCAAGUUCUGAUGUCCAGCGAUUUGCAGAACCAUCGCAAACAACAUGAACUUAAAGAAAACUUUCCGAUGCUUGGUGAUGACAAUAGCGGCAGUAGCAUGACAAAAACUGCCACGCCUCUGGUUGCAAAUACACGCAAAUAGUUAAAAAGUUACUAAGUUAACAGUAGUAAAAAUUAACAAAAUCAUUUGUGUUAAACAGUUUCGAUAUCCAAUUACUAGAAAUGCAAUCAUCAAACGUACGCCAAAAUGUGCAUUAUGAAUUUCGAUCUAAUUUUCAAUAAAAAUACGCAUAUGUUUAUACAGCACAUCACGAUAAA